AUGUCGCGAGGCUUCGGGCAGGCGCGUGUGUCAUGCGCUUGCACUCAAUUCACGCCACAGCAUCAUUGCAGCACUUGGCGACGUGGCCAAGCUUCUGGCAGCGGUAAAGCUGGUCUUUCCUCUUCGUCUUGUCGUGGUCUGAGGUGCUGGCCAUCUCGAAAGCCUCGAGUGCCAAGUGCUCCACGAUGGCGGCUGCAGGUGUACCUGGCACUAUUUCAGCCUCUCAGGGUAACUCGGCAUCAGUUCAAGAAAGUGCUCAACUGCAUGCGGAAUAUCCGAAAGCUCAAGUACCAAGAAGUGUACGCGCAGGAGAAAGUGACCAAAGUCGACAGCCUGUCGUUAGUUCUGACUGGCAAGCUCGUAGUGUCUCAGAACGGCCGGGCGCUGCACAUAGUAUUCCCACACCAAUUCCUCGACUCGCCGGAGUGGUUCGGCGUGUCUACUGACGAGUUCUUCCAGGUGUCAAUAACAGCUAUGGAAGAAUCACAGGUGCUUGUGUGGCACAGAGACAAGCUCAAACUGACAAUCAUCACAGAUCAGUUCCUACAAGCAGUGUUUGACCACAUUUUGGGUCGUGAUGUUGUCAAGAAACUGAUGCAGGUUAGUGAAACAAUGGCAGCAAGUAAUAAUGGUCAUCUACCAAAUAGUCUUGAUGAUGGAGAGGAUAAGCCAAUGCUAAUUGUGAAGAAAACAGGGGAGGGGCCGGGCAUCACCGCACUUAUAAACAGACAGCUACAAGCAACUGACCCAAAUGCUUGGAGAUUAGGGCGAAUAGAAGAGGCCGACCAUGAAACUCCAGUAUGAAAAAUGUUUAGAAAUCAGGUUGUAUGUAUGUGGAUGUGUGUUGACAAUCUGAAAUGUGAAAAUGUACGUAAAUUUCUACUAAUGAUAUUAUGUACUGGUACUGUCAGAAUCCUUUUUUCCACUUUCUACCUGCAAUGUACAGCUGGUUAAAGUCUAAUUGAACUCUAAAACAUUUGCAGAAAUGCUAAAUGUUGAUUAUACGUGAUGUGUAAAAUAAAAUAAAAAGUAUAAAGAUCAACUUACUAAUUUUGUACAAAAUAGUGUGUAUCAAAUAAGACUUGCCUUUUGUGAACACUCAUUGAAAUAUUAAGCAGUUUCAAAUUGAGUUGUUUCUAACCCAGUAGUUGCUGAGACAGGAAAGUCUGAUUUAUGUAAACCAAACCAGUGGUUGCAUUACUAAAAUAUAAAAAUUUGGAUAUAACUGCAUCUGUGCGCAUCAAAUGUCACUGUUUUAUUAAUGAUGCACAGCAUGAAAGAAAGACAACAUUCAUUGGGAAGGGUGUAAACAAAUCAGUCAGCAAGAUCAAAAAGAGAGCUUCUUCAACUACAUUAAUGCAGACUGUACCUGUACAGAACACAUGAUGUUGAAAUCAAACAAAUUUACAAUAUGUAUUUUUGUACAAAUGUAUGUUACAAACUGUUAACGUAGGUGGAAAGUCAACAUUUACUGUAAUCAUAUGGUUCUGGUGAUGCUGCAUAUUAAUAUCUUUUGAAGCUAUAUUUUCCGCCAGUGUUAUAGGUGUGUGUUUUCAUUUCCAUUCCCUGAAUAUGGAACAGAAAACUGUAACUGUCCAAGUGUUGUGUGUAACUUGUAUGUUGAAACAAAUUUCAGACUUUAUUUAAGUAUUAUGAAUCAGACUAUAAUUCACAUGCUAAAUAUUUCAUUGAUCAAGUUAUGUGUGAGCAAUAGUGUUAUUGUUCAAGUAUGUUAGCUUAAAUAAAUGUGUUAGGUGUGUUACCACAAUAUAAUACAGAAUUUAACUUGUUAAUAACAGUGUUAAAUUACUGAAUUACUAUUAGUCACUGCACAGAAAUGAAGUGAUUAAAAAGACAUUAUUUUAAAAUACCUCCUUGUGUGGUAUAUUUUUGUAGGAAAGAAAGAAAGAUUGAUUGUCUUAAUCCUGAAUGAUUUUUUUUGUGUAAGAAUGCUAGUCAUAAUUCAACAUUAUUGCUGAAUUUGGUUUUCCAUUGUAAUUUAAAUAUGUUCUGUAGAAUCUCGGAGUUCAUAAAAA